GGUGGAGGCGAUGGAGGAGGAUGUUAGCAAGUGAUGCUUGAACAGAGUUACAGAGUAAAAUAUUUUAUAAAGCGCUCCUGUGAAAUGCACGGUUGUUAGGUUCAAGUAGUGGAAAUUAAGUCAGCUACAGUGAUUGUUGUAAACAGCUUAAGCUGGAGCAUGGUAAGUCAUCUCAAUAGUCACGUCUCCAUUUCUGAAGUUUCCCUAGAUCAAUGGUGUUGUGGCUCCCACUGUCUGGCGUGGUGCUGCCUUCUCCAGUGCCGCGUCCCAGAGGGGUCUGUAACCUGGAAAAAGGAGCAGCCCCCAAAUCUGUGGGGUGCCUAUGGAGUUGCUUGGCACCUGCAGACCCCCCAAAAAGCCCCCCCAAAAGAUGACGGUAGUUCCUGGGCAGCUACAGGGGGUAUUCUUUGCGCAGCACCUGCAGUAAAGCAGAAUACCAAAUUCAGUCCCAAUGCGUCUCAGGGAUACCAUACGAUAAGCAGCAGUGUGGGUCACGCCUGUAAAGCUCUCUUUGGUCUGGAGUUUUCACAGCAUGUUAAACCAUGCUAAACUAUAUCUGAAUGUGUUAGUUUCUUUAUAUCACAAUGUAAUUUAUGGUCAUAUGACUAAACGUGAUUUUUCAGAAGAUGGUUUUAAUUAUAGUAUGUAAAGGACUACUGCAGAGUUAGUAGUUCAUAUGUCUCAGGAUGACUGUAUCAAAACGGGUAAAUAUGAAGGUGUGAUAUAGUUAAGUCUAAUCUCAAUGUUUAGUUUUCAGGAGAUGUUUACAUUUGUUCAUUCUUACUAUAAAACAUAUAUUCAAAGUUUCUAAUCGUUUGCAUUUGGAUAUUUAGUUUUAGAAACAGAAGUGCCUCUAUAUGCUUUGGUUAAAUUUUCUAUGCAACAUUCAUGCAAACAUAGCAAGAAAAGUAUGUGGGAUACAAUAAAUAUAACAGAAAUGGGUAGCAGUGACAAAUUUAUUUUGUAUCUCUGCUUUGUCUGUUAUGAUAUGUUCAAUAUAGGCUAUCAAGUGUGUUGUGCAAAUUCUCGCUUCCAAGAAAAAAUAGUUAAUCUCUCCCUUGUAUAGAAACUUCUUGAUAGAAACUGGUCAUUGUUCAGGGUUGUCAAUGGAGGGAGAAUAAAGUUCCAUAAGAAGUGAAAUUCUUCAGAGAAGCUAUUUGAAAAGAAAAAUGAUGUUAUUGUUACUAGAAAAUUAUUCACUGGCCACUAGCUUAAGAGUGGGUUUGUUAAAUAAUCAAUCUCCAAAACUUUGAACUCAGCUCUUGGAAUGCUUUCAAGCUCUCCUACCACUUUUUUUUUCUAGUUUUCCUAUUGUGUGCACGUUUUUCCUUUGUAUUUUCUGUGUUUAGAUAAUCCUUGCAACAGCGUGGAAUGGGGGCUGGAGAAAAAGAGAGAACAAGCUAUUUGGGGACAUUCUCUUCCUUUUCUCCAGAUUCUGAGCUUGUAUAACCGCCUUGUUGUUUUGUUUUGGGUUUCUUUCUGUGCUUAACCACCUUUAAAAGGGCAUUCAGAGUGUCCCAUGUUUCAACAUAAGUCUUACAUAGGCUCAGUGGACUAUCAAGACUUCAGAGCCUUUUGAGGUUUCAGAAGUGCACUUGGCCAAUCCCUUCUAAGACUUGUCUCAGCAAAAUAUGCAGGUGCUUCUCCAAGGAGUCUUUCAAAAUUCGCAGGAUAGGUGGUAUAUGGUUUUCUGUGGCAUAGGUGGGAGGAACAUUUACAAGUUUUUUGAAGUUUACCUAGCCAGGAGUUGGAUGAUAAAAUUGUAAACUACAAAUCAGUGAUGGAUGUUUGUUAUCUUGAAGUGUUUCAUUUUAAUAACGUAAUAAACACUAGAAUCCCAGGAAACCCAGAGUUGCAAGGGACUUAAAAGAAAGCUCAGUGUUUUUAGUACUUUAUCUGCUUUUUGUACAAAUAUUCCUCAUCUGAGAACAUGAGCAAGUCAUAAAAAUAUAGUACAGGAAAGGGUCUCCAGAGGCCUUUACCUCGUUUCCACCCUCUGCACACUCAAGAGGCAAAAUACAUAUACUUGGACUGUUGCUGAUGGAUGUUUGUUUAAGCUCUUUGUGUACCAGUUUAAUGACUGAAUUUCUGUACUUUCCCCCGCUCACCUGUACCAGUCAGUGCUUCUUCCUUUCGUAUGAAAACAUCUUCACUGAAAAAUGGAUCACAUCUUGUCAGAUCUUCAGUGACUGUAGAGAAUGUCAUCACCCUAUCUGUAAAACUAUAGGUAUUUCCUGAACUGUGAUACAGGUAUCGCAGAACUCAAAUCUUUUUGAUCUGUGUGGGAGCACAACUGUGCAAAGCGUUGAUGGAAGUACUGAUGACCUGGCUAUGUAUACAGUCAGGUCACUAAGCACACUAAAUCUGUAACGUUAGAAGCACAGAUAAACUUACAGUUCAGUGAGCUUUCCUGGUGCUGGAGACAGUUCACAUGUUGUGCGGCUUGGUAAGGAAGGCCUGGUAUUCUGGAGUACAUUUUGAUUUAUAUGUUGCUGAGCUCCAUCAAUAGUUUUUAAAAUGGUAUAGUCACUUCUUCUGUGGUCUCAAGCAGUGUGCAGCAACGGAGCUGUGAGAAAUUGAGCUGGGUGGCAUCACUUCUGCCUGUGAAGAUGGAAGGUCUUGUCAUAAAGGAAAUCCUUCUAGAUCCAGUUGUCAUCCUUCCAGAAGCUACAGUUACUUCUGUGAAGCAAUGUAUGAUUCUUUGUUUAUACUUUUGAAUUUCUUGUAAGCUGCUUCUGUUCAGUCUAGGUUUGUAGGAUUUGCUGGAGAUUUCCUUGGAUUCUCAGCAGAGAGCCAGUAGCCAUGGCAUGUUUAGACAGGUCUGACAGGCAGCAUCACACCCAUAAUUUACCUCAGUUGCCUCCAGACCAGCCUUUCCCCUCAUAAGAAUGAUAUCCUUAAUAAAGAGCAAAAGAAAAACAGCUACUUCCUUCCAAAUUCCUUGGGAGGUGCUAAAAUCCCUGCUCUCUCGCUUGCUUCCUCAGCAUGCACAUCACUGUAGCUAGGCCAGGUACCUUUUCCUUUAUAAUCCUGAGUAUUCCCUGACCUCCAGGAGAGCUUGAGAGAGAGCUUGCCAGCAGGAGCUACGGCCUACUCAGUCAUCUGCAUUGCUUUUGUUUGAGGGGGAAGUAACAAGGUGACCUUUGUUAACUAACGGAAACAUUUAAUGACUGUAUGUGCCAGCGAAGUCCUGCAGCUACAGAUUCUCAUCCCUCAACAUAAUGUAUUUCAGCUGCUUGUAGUAGGGGAAUGGCUUAUUCUUGGUCCCAGAAGGGGUGGGGUUUUUUUGCCCUACAGUGAUGGAGGGCUUUCCUGUGGUCAUGUGCUUCUCAUCUGCUCUAACAGAUGAUGGCAAUUGGUAUUGUUCCAGGAUUUCCUAGAGCCCAUUUGCUGAAUUGAAUCCUUGCUUUAAAUAGGUAAGAGACUCUGGACUUUCUAUUGGGACCAUUUUAAAGGGAAUCAAAGUACUUUGGCACAUCUCCAGCAGGUUACUUCUGGUCAGAGAUAGUCAGAGUUGCUGUUCUGAGGGCCGAUCCAUCACAGGCUUGAGAGUUGCUGGAGUACGUCUUGCAGCAUACAAAGACAAGUCUUUUCCUUAAAGUGUCUAGCAGAGAAAAUCAGGGGCAACAGGAAAAGGGACAGCAACAGCUGGACAUACUGACCCCAUAGAUUGGAGGUAGCUGGCCUUUCCUCCUCCUUCUUCUGAGGUAAGAGGGAAAAAAUGGUGAAAGGCAUUGGAGAGCCACUUGAGAAUCAAUUGGACAAGUGAUUUCAGAUGCACUGGUAGUGCAAAUAGUAAUUCUGUUUUGAGCUUGAGUUAGGCCAUGUCAGAUUUGGCAUGUGACAGAAAUCUGGUGGUGCUCUGGCCUUUUCAGAGUGCUUAUUUUGGGUCACUUGGUUCAGACUCAAGUCCAUUACUGUCUCAUCAGUCAACAUCCACAACCAGUUUAUCAUCAAUCAGCAGGAAAUGCUUAUGUAUAGGUUCUCAUCUGAGCAAAGGGAUUCACACUCAUGUAGUUAAAUCUAGGCAGUUAUCAGCAGUAAACUGGUUACCUGUAACUGGACAGAGUCAGAUUUUUCUUGGAGAUGCACAUAAAAGGAUAAGAUGCAACAGUUGCAGGUUGCAACAUGGGAAAUUCUGGUUAAAAAAAAAUCCACAAUGAGGGUUGCUAAGCACUGAAACAGGUGCCUGCAGGGGAUGUGAAAUCUUUGUCCUCUGAGUUUUUUCAGAACUUAGCUGGGCAAGACCCUGAGCAAAACUGGAUUUAACUUUGAAGUUGGCCCUGCUUUGAGCAGGGGUCUGGACUAGACAACCUCCAGAGGAUCCCUGCCAACCUAGUUUUUUGAUCUAAUUCCAGCGCCAUUAUUUGCUCUGCUGUGUUUUGCAGUGUGUAGCAUAGUAACGUGCUUGUGCCUCAGCCAGCCCUCCCGUCUCAGGGUACAGAAACAAGUCCAAUGGAGGGUGUAUGUGUGUGGAGGAGCAGAGCUUGGGUAGGUUUGUAGUGCUGGACCUUAAUCUGAGCUGGGGCUGAGGCCUUACAUUUUGCAGAUUGGUCAUGAACUUCUUAGUUUGGAUUGGGGAAAAUAUGGUAGAAAGAUGAGGGACACUGGUACCCAGGUUUGGAGGCCAUGAGGUGCGCGAAACGGCAGUAGCAGGUCCUGUGCUUUGAGCUUGGAAAAUCAAAAGAUUACUAAAACCACUAGGAAAGCAGGUUGUUUCAUUCAGUGGGGGGUUCCCCUGAAGGGAAGUAUUUUCCUGAGAGAGAGUCUUCCUCCUUUGCAUGCUCUGUUGUUUUAGUAGCAAAACUGAAAUCUUUAAUUAAAAAGGAAGUGUAGGUAGGGUUGGGUAUGCAUGGUUUGGCACGUGGUUGGGAGCAGCUGUGCUAGCUGAUCUUUACCACUGUUGUUGAUUGUAUCUGACAACAAAAGAAGUUUUAAAACAUAUUUUAAGGGUUAUAUUUUUCUGUGUUUUCCCUCUUUUUAACAAACUCUCAGAUGUUGCACUUAUCUAAUCUUGCAAUUUUUAUUGCUCUCUUCUGGACUUUUUUCAAUUUGUCUCCCCCCCCUUUUUUUUGUCAGCCAAAAAUGAGAGAGGGAUGGAUUUGAACUAUUGCUCUUUUACGUGGUAACUCAUUUACUGGUAGUUAUUUAUGAAAGUGGUGGUCAAAUGAUAGGUCUUGCCUUUUCACUCCCUCAAAGUGCACUGUAAAAAGCGGUGGUUUGGCAGUCAGCUUUACUAAGGGAACAGGACCCCUGACAGAGGGGGAGCAAUGCAUAAAGAGGGUCAGAGGGUGUUGGAAUUUCCUAAAGAGCAUCUGCCAUUGAAAGUAUAAAACCUUUAAUUAAACACUUUUGCCUUCUAACCAUUUAGCCUGCAAACACUUGUUUCUGCUUCCUGAGAUUAGGAGGGUGGGACCCAGCUCUGAAGAGGUAGAAAUUUCCAGUUGAGAGGAGAGGUGUCAUGUGUGGGAACAGUAAUUGUUUGUGCAGGCUGGGGAAAAAGUUGCUGGGUUGGUUAGUUCUUUCCAAAUCAAUUAUAGAUUGUACUUACAAAGCAAAAUUAAACCAGAAGGUGCCUUAAUGGAGCUGAAUACAGCAUUAUUCUUGCUUCUGAUACUUCGCAUGUGUUUGUUAACACAUCCUAAAAUGAUGUCUUUGCCCCUUUCUGUUGCAGGCAACAUACUGUUGACUCAUCGUGAGUGUACUAUAGCCGCGCUGUGUUAUGGCCUCUGUGGUGAGGCACAAUAUGCACAAAAUAACAUCAGAAAUUUCUGAUUCAGCCCACAGCAUGCUUAAGGAGCUUGCUUUCUUCUUAAGAUUUUUGGCAUUUAAUAAGAAAAAGAAGUCUUGAAAGCACUCAGGGCCUUCAGAGGGUGCAUAGCAUACCAAUUCCCACUGUGUGGUGUUACAGCACUCUGUGUGCUGGUAACUCCCUUCAGGUGUUACUACAUAGAGAGGAAGGGUGAGUUUUUUUUCCCCUGUAUGAACCAUCCAAUUUCUUGAUUAUGAAAGCAGAGUGAUUAAAAGAACAGAGAAGAAAGUUGAUUACUGCUUGUACUUUAAUGCAGAAUGUUUUAUUUUUUCCUGUGGUUUAUUUCAGUACUCUCUGUGUGUAUUUUCAGUUCUCUGCAUAUAAAGAAAAAGUGAGAGAUUGAUUGGAUAACUUUUAGGUUUUAACCAAAGUUAAAAUACUUUGAAUCCUUUAGAGGUACUUAAUGUACUUCUUAAGCUUCAGUUUCUAAUGUUCAAAAAAUGUUACGGAAAGGCACAGUACGUUCAAACAUGGAAACACUAGCUGAUUCUCUGUUUUAGCAGUUGAUAACUCAGUAGAACUCUGCACUUCCCCCAGAAAUAAAAUUACGUUCUGCACAGUAUAUACUGUGUGCAUGUUAUUAAUUUGAGCAUGGUUUAUCUGCAAAAUGCCUUCUUCUCUGUGGCUUGGCAGAUUCCACCUCCCUUAAAGGCACUCCAGAAUGAUGCAUGAAGGGAACAGGAACAAAAAAUACCAUCCCUUCAUCUGUUUCCUCUUGUUAUCUUUAAUGGAAACUGCAAAAUUAAUUAAUGCUCAGUUUGUGAAUGGUUAAGAGUAUCAGUGAGAGAAAGUGACCAAAGCAGCACAUCUGUUUUGCAUUAAGAGGAAGGCUAAAGUAUUUAAAGGAUUGUGCCAGAUAAGUGGAAGGAGCAUUUGGGAAUGAAAUGACUUGUGUUACCACUGCUGCUCCUUAGGCAGAGUCAGUUUGCUAAACUGACUUGGUAACAGUGGUUGUCCACUAAUUAGUUAAUGCCUCAGUCUUAAUGAAAAAUGGAUCACUGGCUGGUCAGCUCUUUGUAAGUCAUGCAGAGUGGCAAUAUGCAUGCUGCUUGCCUGGUCCUGGUGGUGGAAAGCAAUGUGUGGGCCCCUUGCUAUCUUUUAUCACCUUUGGUCACUGCUACUCUGCUGUCUUGCUGCUGUCUUAAUUCUUCCCCCCCUCCCCCCCCGCCCCCAAGAGAUUGUGUUCAGCAAAGAGACAUCUGAGAAGUCUGAGUAUGACCACGUAUUAUACUGUGGCUGACAAAAUACUGUUAGUUUCAUUUCAUUUGCAGAACAGGGUAGUGCUACGUGGCCACGUAUGUUUAAUUUACCUGAGUGUCUUAGGCUGAACAGAAUUUUGUGUUUUGAGCUGGUCGGCCUCCACCUGCAAGCCUGUUUUUGCCUAAUCCCCUUGCACUCUUAUGUGUACAACAAUGCUAGCAGGAUAUCGAAUGCUAUGUGCUUCAGACAAGUGAAAUAUGCUGUGUAUGCCUACUUUUACCAAUUGGUCAUAACCAAUCUAUUUCAUGCUACAAACUGGAGGGAUGCUAAUGCAUUAAGUAUCAUCAUAAAGAAGAUUUGCAUUUAAAUUUUAACCCUAUACUUGUUGUUUCAUUUUCUUCAUAAAAUUGACUUUGCCCUAGUCAUUCUGCUAAAUAAAUAAUGCAUGUUCUAUAGUUUACAGGUAAUGCCAAACAAUUCUGUCUCAUUCCUUUCUUUUUGGGUUAUAUGAGAUAGAAUACGAAAUGUAAAUAACGCCGUGUUGUUUCCUUCUGGUAUUUUUUUUCCUCUAAUUGUGCAGGUUUUGAUAUGUUAAGAUGCAUUUGUCUUUUUAGAAAUCUGCUCUAGGACUGCAUGCAAGAGAUGGGCAUUACAGACUGUACAAGCUGCCUGAAGACAGGGAUCAUGGGAAGUGACACUCACACAAAAAAGUUUCCAGAUUCCACAUAGAAUUUCAAAUUAGGAGUUUCCAGGUGUUUUAUUCUGCUUAUAUCCUGGUUUUGUCGCACUUGCAGCCGUUAGGUGCUUUGAAGAGUCUUUUUAUGGCACCAGAGUUGACCUCUGCUUUUAUUGUUCGGUGGUGUUUUCAGCCUUAUACAGUAUCUAACCUUGUUGGGUCCCUUCACUUUUUUUGGCUUUGUGGAUCUUAAAGCCACAGGAGAUUCCACACCUUCCUGCUGCUCAGACUGCUUUUAAGUUUCACGUUGUCCUCAUGUGGCAGUGCAUAAUUUCAAACUGCCUGAAGCUGAGCAGUAUUUGAGAAGCAGCAAGAAAACUGAGCACCAUAGACCUUAAAAAUUCUGUAUUCUGUUGAAAUAAUUUGAGCUGGAAGUUUUCCUGGGAAUAGACUUGCAGUUCCAAAGCAAGCUUAGGAAUUCCCCUCUUGCCUCUGUUUGCCAUGGUAACAAAUUAUAUGUGGUUUAAGGGACAAUUUCCUUCUUUUAAUAUAUACUGGUUCUCUUGUCUUGCGUAGUUACUUCCACUCGCUUUGUUCUUGGUAUCCUUGGGUCUGCAGAAUUCUGUGGAUUUACUGACUGCAGCUUACAGAAUUUACGUAUAACCUGUUAUAGAUGGUAGGAAAAAAGUGCUCAUAACUAGUGGGGAAGAGUGGUCUGUGGUACUAGCUAUUUUUGUUUGUUGGUUGGUUCUGUUGUUUGUUUGCAUUUUAACUCUUUGUAUAUCCCAUUGAAUAGAAACUUUCAGAUUCCUCCCCACCCACACACAUGCAUGAUUCAUACAGGAUCUAACACUACAUCUAUUUCUGCAAGAAGUAUGAUGCAGUAGGAACAGAUCUGUAGAGUGUAACAGUUGGUGUUGAGGACCUAUAUACCCACUUUAUAUGCAUUUGGGGUUUUUACUUGUGAGCAGAUUACAGCGAAUCACAUGGACUGAAUGGUGAGUACUGGUUGGAGUGUACUAGCUUCAUGCCUGGAGUACGCCUUAAGAUUAGCUUCCUCUGAAAGGAGUCAAGCUUGCUCACUGUGCUGUGCAAUGUGAACCAAAUUACAUAGGACUGCCAAGAGAAACAUGCUUCUGCUACUAAAGCGUUAGCACUGACUCACCCCACAUCUAUUACAACUUAACCUGUGGAGCUGUGGGUCUCUAAUGUAAAUUGAAAUGGCUCCUACUUUUAGCAUGGAAAGUCUCCAGCUUGGGCUGCUGUGUCAGCAAAGAUGAUGACCAGCACAUAGUCCCAAGGUUUUUAAGUAUAAAAUUAGAACUAAUGCCAUACAGUGGCUCUAGUACAAAGGGACAAAAAUCCGACUCUUCAGUUAAAUAUUUAUCAAGACUCUUUAACCACUAACCAUGUUUGACUAAUUUUCUUGGGGGUAAAAGUAGCUCUGGUCUUCAAAUUGUGGUGUGUUGCGUCUGCUUAAGAUAUUGUCUUUUGAUCUAACAGAAACAUGCAACGCUUUGCAUUUCAAGAUGGACCAGUUUGAAGAUGUAUCAGAUGGUGAGGUGGAUCAUGCUUUCUUCGACAGUGAUUUUGAGGAACAGCAAAAGAAAGAUGAAGAAAAUGGUGAAAGUAUAGAAAAGGGAAAUAUGAAGGCAGUUCUUUCAGACCCUGACUUGGUUUCUAAUUCAAAGGAUAAGAACUGUUCUGAGGAGGAAUGUGAAGAGAAGCAGAAAGACUUGGUGAAGGAUCAGUCCCUAGAAAAUCUGACAGACCAUCCUGAGGAUGCUUCAUCUUUGUCACUUUCUCCAGUUUCAGAGAAUGCAGGUACAUCUGGAGCAACAUCUGCAGCAAAUAGGGGAACACAGGAGAAUGUUCCUGCUGGAAUCCCCAAAAUAGUUAAAGAAGGCGAAGAGGAUUAUUAUACGGAUGAAGAAGAUAGUAGUGACGAUGGCAAAAAGCAGAGGGUUCGACCAAAGUCAGCUAAGCAAUCAAACAGCAUGAAAAAAGCUAACAAAAAAUAUACUAAUAUCAGCUCCUCCUCAUCUUCCUCUUCCUCAUCAUCCUCAUCUUCCUCAUCCUCAAGCUCAGAUACAGAUUGUUCUGAUACAGAUUCUGAUAGCUGUUUAUCAGAUUCAUCACAUUCUUCCUCAAAGAGGAAUGCUUGUAGUGUGGCUCUUCUGUCUCCGAAACAAAAAUUCAGAUCAGGAACGAAAUUAGCAGAAGGAAAACCGAAGCUUGGUGACUACUUAGAGGAAUCUGAAGACACAGUGACUGAUGUAACACCUUUGUCAACCCCAGACAUCAGUCCUAUCCAGUCUUUUGAACUUGCAGCAUCAAACGAUAAGAAAUUAAAAAUAAAAAGACAGGAAAAUGUGAGCCAAGAACUAUAUGAUUCCGAGUUUGAUCGCAGAUAUAGUCGAAAAGUUUUGCAUGAUGCCAUGGACCUGAAUCAGCUUUUGAAAGCUUUUCUACAGUUGGAGAAGAAGGAACAACAAAAAAUAACCAUCGAUCUGCCAUCUAAAGGAUCAAGGAAGAAUUACUCUUUCACAAAUGAAGAAGUAAGACAGAUUGAUCGGGAAAACCAAAGGCUGUUGAGAGAACUGUCCAGACAGUCUGCAAAGCCAAGAAGCAGAAGUACUGCUUUGAAGAAAUCGGCUGUUCCCCCUCCUAAAUUGUACCACAGCGCCCUCAACAGGCAAAAGGAACAGCAAAGGAUUGAAAGAGAAAACCUGGCUUUUCUGAAGAGACUGGAAGCAGUGAAACCAACAGCUGGUAUGAGGCGUUCUGAACAAUUGAUGGACUAUCAGCGCCAGAUGAGUUAUCUAAGUUCUUCACCAUCUGCAAGAAGAGGAAAGUCUGCUUUCAGCCAGCUUAGCCCUUCGAGAGGCACUUCAAGGGCAUCCAGUGUAUCAAGUACAGUGAGCCAUAGGAAUGAAAAACCUGUGUCCGAUUCCUCCAGUGGGGCAUUACAGAGACCUAAACCCACUAAUGUAAGCCUUCAGGACUCUACAGGUCAUGUUCUUAUGGCUGAGAGAAUCUCCUUUUUAUAGCAGCAUGAAGUGGGGAAAAGCAGAUUUUGUAUUACUGCAUGUCCGAGUGAUGAGCAUUUGUUUUGUACUCAAGGCUGUGUCUUCUUCAGAUUUAAAAGAACUUGGGAAGUGGUAUUAGGACCUUUGUGCAGGAAAGCAGCAUCUGAUGUUACAUGAACACCAGCAGGGGAAAAAGAUCGAAGUCUGAAGUGAACAGCAGUUUCAGAUUCACUUUAAACAAGUACAAGUUUUAGAUAUUUCUCAAGCUAGAGAAUAGUGAGCAAGGAAAGCAUUUCAUGGCCCUGCGUUUGCAAAUGAUUGUCUUUCUUAGUUGAGAGGUAUAAACCUGAGCUGCGGGAAACUUAAACAUCUGAUUUGAGAGCAAUGAUUAACCAGGAUUAGGGGGGGAAAAAAAAAAAGAUGCAGUAGGAAACUGGAAUAAAAUGUGAAGUUAUGCUCCUUAACCUAUCUUUUUAAUGUUAUGUUUGUACUGUCAGGCUUCAGCAUCAACUUCCAUUUACCAGAGGUGUAAAAUUUAAUGGAAUUGGUAAUAGCAAAUGGUAGGUGAUAUGCUUUAUUUUUAUAUAUAAAGCCAAACUUUCAGUGAGCUUAUUUUGUAGGCCCUUAGUCUUAUAAAGAGCAUAAAUCGUGAUGCCACUAUCCAUGGAUAUCGCUGGAAUCCUGCUUGCUUCCCCAGCUUCCUCCCAGGAGGUACACAGGAAAUCUCUUGUAUUAUGCAUUAAAAAAAAAAAAAAAAAAAAAAAAAAAGCUGUAUUUAGUAACACUGGAUCUUAGCCCUACAAAAAGGAAAGUUUAUUUUUCUCUGCUCGUGCUUGCAUAGGGGCUUAGGCUUGUAGGUAUUUUGUAUUGUAACACACUUGUCACUUGGUCCUGUAUGAUGAUUUGGCAGAGCUUCUGCACCUGUUAACCUGAUCAAAUUUAGCCGUUUGACAAUUGCUUUUCAACUGGAAGCAGCAUUGUGGCAAACAGAUUUUUCUGCAAUUAUUAUUCAUUGAUAGGGACUAUAUAGCAUUUUUUGUAUAGUGCUGCUGUAAGUAUUUGUACUAUUGUGCUUAUUAAAAUUAUUCACUAUUUAAAAAUUUUUGUCCUUGAAUGUGAAUAUCAGAUCAUGCUUUAAAUACUUUUAAAUGUUUGUAUGAUAAUUAUUUUCUGUGAAGAAAUUCACAGAAUGGAUUACUUUUAAUUACUUCAUUUUAUUUUAUUUAACUUUAGAAUGUAAGACUGUCAAUUUUGUAUGUCACUUUUUUGUAAAUUGUAAGAAAUAAAAUAUUUAACAUGAAAAA